CUGUCCGAAAAGGAAACCGGAGGGGAGCGGAGCGUCACGGGAGCAAAGCAAUUCCUCCAUUCGUCCUCCCCGGCCUUGUCCCCGCCGAGCGAGACUUUUGAGGGAGAGGAGGUGGUCGGCAGGCCACUCCACUUCCGCCGCCGUUGCUCCACCUCCGCCGCCGCUCUCGCCCUCAGCUGCUGCUGCCUAGUAGUAGUAGAGACCUCGCCACCCAGCGCAUCCCAUCCCAUCUCUUCGCCGGGGCGGCCACCCCAACCCUAGCUACAUACACUGCUAGAGACCUCGCACUCCGCCGUCGGAUCUCGAUUCGCUCCGCUCCGCCCCCAUUUCCUCUCGAUCCCGCUCCGAAUCCACCCGGAUUUCACCCCGAUUAUCCCGCGCAUCUCAUCUUCUCAGCAUACCAGAUUGAUUAGCAGCAUAUAUAUGGCCCACGACAUGCUCGGCUUCAAGGAGGACGACGCCAUGCGCUUCAUCUUCGGCGAGGACAUCAUGGGAGUCGACGACCCCGCCGCCUUCGACAGAUCGCUCAUGGAGCUUCACGUCUUCAAGGAGGUCUUCUGCGGAGGCGGGGCCGCCACCACCACCACCACAAACCUGACCCCCGAGACGGACAUCACGGGAGGCGACCACCCUGCCGCCCAUCCACAGCAGCCCGACCUGCUGGAUGCUGCCGCCGUAAUGCAGUGGCAGCCCGGGGCUAACUGCGCGACCCACCUGGAUGGGGAUUUCUUCACUGCGCACGCUGCUGCCACCGACAUUCUGGAUGUGCACGCGCAAGGGACACCUCAAGAUGCCGGGCCUGGGACAUGCAAUGCAGCCGCCUUGGCUGGCAGCAGCAGCACUAGCGCUGUUGAGGACCCCAUGCCUUCCUACAUGGAGGCACUAGCCGAGAUCUCUGAAUUCCAAAGUGCCGCCACUCUUCUUCCCGAUCCCUUUUUGCAUCACUGGCUCCAGGAUCACCACCAGUACCCUACCAACCUGUGCUUCACCUACGAUCAGGGGCAGGUCGAUGACACUACCUAUCCCCUAUGUACAACUAUAAAAGACAUAUCUCAUACAGGGGGAGUAGAACAGCAUCCAUUUUAUAGCCAACAACCUCCUCAGCAGUCCCAGUUUUGGUUCAGCCCUGCUCUUGAGGCCGUUUGCCAGAACGGCACGCCCGAUGCAAAUAUUAGUUCCCUCGAUGAGACCGAUGCUCGUGGAUGCAGCGGCAGCGUGCACUCUGCCUCUGCAGCAGCUGUUUCCAAGAAGGCUUUCGGCAGGGAUAUUCCUGACCAGCUGGAAGCACACACCCAUCGCCUUUUCAAGGAUGCUGGAUGGACCAUUAAGCCCCGCAAAAGGAAUGACAGGGCUAAGAUGGCAUCUUACUUCACUGCCCCAAACAGGGAAGCGGUUCAUACCUCGCUAACUCAGGCUUGGAAGUUUUGUGGUAACAAGUUAUAUGAAGCUUCCGCAGAUUCAGAAAGGGGAAGGUAUCCAAAGGAGUGGUCUGAUGUUGACGCAUUUUGGAAGGACCUCACGGAUACAAUGGCCUAUGUUGAUAGAAUGCUUGCAAACCAGCACAAUGCACUCACACUUCUUCAGCGCUGGCAGAUUUUGGACCCUUUUGUAGCUGUUGUCUUCAUCAGUAGGAAAAUCACUGCCCUGCAGCAACAUAAAACUCUUAGAGCUGUCAACAGUUCAACCUUUGUUCUUGAUGGCAGCACAGAUAUGUCAUCAGAAAGUAAGACCAUGCACAAAGCCGGUGAUUUGUUGGCAAACCGAAUGAUUCAGCCCACUCCACUAAUCACAGACUCUGAUUGCAGCACGCUUGCAACUGAGAGCUACAAUGGGCACCAGUAUUUACAGAGCUGUCAUGAUGUGGAAGACAGCAACAAUAGGGAUAUGAAUCCGAAGCUUUGCUGCAACGAGAGUCUGAAUUACGAUGCAAGUGGCCAAACAGAACAUCACAUUCACACAGGUGAUGAUGGAAGGCAGACCUAUGCUCAAGCAAAGGCUGUUAAUAGCUCUGUAAAAAAGUCAAAGAAGAAAUCUAAAAGGAUGUUUGAUAUUGACGCAACUGGACUGGAUGGGUUGUUUUCUCUAAGUGUAAUGCAAUCUACUACGGAAAAUGUGUUUGGCCAUGGGACCGAUGUAGCAACCAUGUUCAUGUCUGACACAGGAAUCAUCAAUGCCUCUGAGGAACAUGGUAUGUGUUCACGUGUUGGCACACUGAAAAAUCAUAUGAAAGCCGAAUUGAAAUCAGAAAAGCUAGAUGAAGAUGACCAAAGCAAUAAGCGCGAGAUGUUCCUGUCUUCAGAGAGCAAGCACCUGAACAUGUUGCAGAGUGUGAGGACUGAAGAACUUAGGGAUUGCAUUACAUUCUCAGAAACCCACUGUAUUGCAAGGGAGUCACAGUCAGAUGCCACAGCGUCCUGCCCUGAUGACAAGGUCCAGGAAAAGAUGCUCCCAUCCCAUGGACAAUUUUCAGAGGAUUCACAAAAUGGUCCAACGGGAAGUCCUGUUCCUGCAAAAUUAUCCCAUGAAUGCACUGCUACUGUUCUGUGUACUGAUCCAACUCGUGACUUAAAAGCCUGCAAGACAGCCACUACUAAAAUGAAACCUAAAGGUUGGGAGAAGUACAUGAAGAAAAGGCCUCGUGAAUUGCGGAUCAGUGAUGAGGACCUUUUGAUCACAGCUAUAGUGAAAAACAAGGAUCUUGUCUCCUGCCAUAAAUUUGCAGCAGGCUUUCCAGGUGCAAAGAAGUUCAAGAAGCUUAAGAACCACAAGAAAUGUAACAAACUACUUUCUAAAACCGGAAAAGCUGGCACAAACCUAUUGGGUGGGAAGAGAGUAUGCUUGGCCCGGAAAACUGUCAUCUGCUGGUUGAUUGCCACUGGGUUUCUGACUGUAAAAGACGUGAUACAAUACCGGGAUCCUAAGAGCAAUAAAGUUGUAAAGGAUGGUCUGGUUACCUGGGAAGGCAUUGUUUGCAAUUGUUGCCAAAAAACCUUAUCUGUAUCGGACUUCAUGGCUCAUGCUGGUUGUAGCAACCCAAAGUCCUCGCUGGGACUCUUUCUAGAGUCUGGUAAGUCAUACACUUUGUGCCAGGUUGAGGCUUGGUCUGCUGAAUUUAUGAGCAGGAGAAGCAAUGCAUGUGGUAGAAAAGUUGAGGCAGUAGAUGAAAAUGAUGACACCUGUGGCUUCUGUGGAGAUGGUGGUGAAUUACUUUGCUGUGACAAUUGCCCAUCAACAUAUCAUCAAACUUGCUUGUCUGCUAAGGAGCUUCCAGAAGGUAGUUGGUACUGCCAUAAUUGCACCUGUCAGAUUUGUGGGAGGCCAGUUAGUGAAAAGGAGGUUUCGACAUUCUCGGCUAUUUUCAAAUGUUUACAAUGUGGAGAUUCAUACCAUGACACUUGCAUUGAGCAAGAGAAGCUACCUUCUGAGGGUCAAAUAUCUGACACAUGGUUUUGUGGGAAAUAUUGUAAAGAGAUUUUCAUAGGACUACGUAGUCAUGUCGGAACAGAUAAUAUUCUUGACAAUGAGCUCUCAUGGUCCAUAUUGAGAUGCAAUGGUGAUGGGCAGAAGCUACAUUCUGUUCAGAAGAUUGCCUAUUUUGCAGAAUGUAAUACGAAAUUAGCAGUGGCUCUUACUCUAUUGGAGGAAUGUUUCAUUCGUAUGGUGGAUCCUAGAACUGGUGUGGACAUGAUACCUCAUGUCUUGUACAGCAAGGGAUCAAACUUUGCUCGUGUGGAUUAUCAGGGAUUCUAUACUGUAAUCCUGGAGAAAGGAGAUGAAAUUUUAUGUGCGGCUUCUAUCAGAGUACAUGGAACUAAAGCCGCUGAGCUGCCUUUUAUUGCUACUUCGGUAGACCAUCGACGCCAAGGGAUGUGCCGUAUACUAAUGAACAUCAUUGAAAAGAUGCUGAUAUCAUUUAAUGUUAAGAUGUUGGUCCUUUCUGCCAUCCCAGAGUUGGUUAGCACAUGGGUGUCAGGAUUUGGCUUCAAACCUAUUGAAGAUGCUGAAAGGAAACAACUCCAUAAUGUAAACUUAAUGUUGUUUCCUGGAACGUCCUUGCUAACAAAGCGAUUGGAUGGAUUUAGUAUGGCUACAAAACCAGGCGACAAAAAAGAUUUACAGGAAAUUUAUGGAUUGCCUAAUGGGAAAUCAAGGGAGCAUUUUGAACUCCAUGACCUUGACUUAUCCGGGAAAGAGUUUAAAGCUGAGGUUUCAGUGAGUGGUCCAUUCAGAACACUGAAACAUGAAUGGGGUUCAGCAGCAUGGUUUCAGUCCACUAAGUUAGCUGUUGGGGAAGUGUGACAUUCUUACGCACUAAAUAUCUGGGCCCAUGCUCUCCAUCGAUACUGGUCCCUUUGUGUUGGCCAAUUUUAUCUUUCCAGAUCACAGCUCAGCUUGAUGGUGUAUGCCCGCAUCUCUUUCAAGACUGUUGGGAAAUGGAUCAGAUGAGCCACACACACAUACAAGAAUUUUGGUUGAAUUGCAUAGAAGACGAUAAAGCUGAAGUCCAAGAAACCACAGAAUGGUCUAGUCUAUUGUACAUCAAGAAAUCGAAAGUUAUGGAUGUCAUGCUAAAAUUUGUCUCCUCCCGUGAAGUGUUGUACAUGUGGUCAUUCUGAUUCUGAAACAUGGUAAAUGUCAAAACUCAAAAGGAUACUGCCGGAACAUGGUAGAUCAGAGAUAUUGAUAAUAGCAUGCAGCAAGCUAUCCAAGCUGUUGGAGGCAUCGGAAAGAGAGUACAACAUGGGCCAAAUUGUCAGAUUGGAUUCUUUUCAUGGUAAUUAUGGGUUAACUGCAGAAAAAAAGCUGAUGCCAUUCUGUGACAAUCCAGGCACUGAUGGAUCGUAUAAAGUAAGCCCCUUCACCACUACAUAUUUUGCUCAAGGCUUUAUGGACCAGGAGCGAUGGUGCUUCAGGUGGCAUAGCUGGUGAUCAGACUCUAAUUCAUGACAUGCGUACACAAUGCUGCCGCGAGAGCAGCAUUGCUGCUAACACUAACACAAGCUGGGCAAAGCCUUGGAGAGCAGCGGCAGCAGGACUCCUCAGGAUUUGCAGGCAGCUGGUGCAACUCUGCAAGAGAGACUGAAUCCGGAUAUUGCGAAUGCAGUCUUUGGUCGGAAAAUUGCUUGCCUUUUGUAAUCACAGUCAUCGACCUGUUGUUGGCGCGGUGGCGGCACCAUGGAAUGGAACUGUCAUGUACCUCGGUAUGGGCUGGGCCACAAGACACGCAAGCAAGAAGGCGGCAGCACCAGGAGAAGAGGCAUCGAACAUAUUCGAAGCAAGAACUGGUCUUGUCUUCCUCCUAGGAAGUCUCUGUCUCGCUGUACCUGCUGCUGCUCUUGUUGCCUCUUAUCUCUGAUUCCUUGAUCUCUGCCUCUAAUUCGGCAAUUCCCCUCAGUUUGUACCCUAAUCUGUAUCCGAUUUACCCAUAAUCAAUUAGUGGUUGUGAUUUGGCGGUCGAGAUUUGAGAUGCAUCAAUUUUA